AUGGCAGAAAAUCAGGUCAAUAUACAUGAGGCCAGAAGGAUGGCAGCAGAGGAGGCCAUCAUAAGAACUAGGUAUGACAUCUCGUAUGCAGACAUAGUCCGAGCAAAGAAAAACGGACAGGAGCCAGAAAAGGAAGCUGGCAACAAACCAAGCACAAGUAAAGAAGGAGACAGUGAAAAAAGAAACGAGAAGGUAAUAAGGGAAGAAAUGAAUAAAGAGAAAGAACUACAAAGAGACAAAUAUGAGAAAAACCAAGAUAACAAAAGAAGUGAAGAACAGGGAAAGAAAGAACCACAACAAAGCAGUAGAAAGAAUUGUGACAUAGAAGACGCCGAAGGGGAAGCACUAUUGACAGAAAUGGAAGAUGAAAAUAUGAUAGUUGUAAACAUUGAUACAAUAACAAGGUUAGGAGACAUUGGUCAAAGGGAUUCAAACAUAGACCUAGUGUGGGCAAGAAAUGCAAUAACACAUUUAAUAGAGUAUAAAAUAAUCGGAGAUACAUGGGGAUCAGACCACUAUCCGAUAGAAAUUACUAUUGGAAUGGCGCCACAACAAUAUAGAAAACGAUCUAACAGAAUCACAAAUAAAAAGACAAACUGGGAAGAAUACCAAGAAAUACUUGAAAGCAGAAUAGAGAUAGUGGAGAAUAUAUCUUGGACAAAGACAGUUAGACAAGAAAACUACGACAUAUUUUGUGAAGAAAUCAAGGAAGCAGCGAGACUAGCAUCAGAAAAAAUAAAAAGAAACCAACAACAGAAGGAUGUGAACAACAACAAAGAGACGAAUAAGUCAAAUAAACAUAAUAAAAACCCGUGUUGUUGGUGGGAUAAUGAAUGUAAGGAGGCAAUAGACAAUAGAAGACUAAAACAAAAACAUUUUAAAAGAGAAAAAACGAUAAGUAGCCUAAUAGCAUUUAAAAAGGCUAGAGCGGAAGCAAGGAAACUGUUACGCUUCAAAAAACGAGAAGGAUUUAGAAAAUUCGCCAGGUCAAUAAAUAAAAAUACAGGUAUGAAAUACGUGUGGAAUAAGAUAAGGGCAUUGAGAAAGCCACCACAUGUGAUAGACUGGAAUAAAUGGCAAAACAAGGAUAGAAACAAAGAAAUACUAGACAACAUAGAAAAAUUGUCACCAGGAUGGGCGGAACAACAAGAAAGGGAACUAGAAGAACGAGAAGAAGAAGAAGACAUGGAGGAAGAGAUGAAUAAAGAAUUUCAAUGGAUAGAAAUGGAACGAGUGUUACGAAGAACAAAAAGCAAGUCAGCACCGGGAAGAGACAACAUAGAGUAUAAAAUGAUCAAAGAAAUGCCGUGGGAAUGA